UGUUUUUGUUAUUUUCAUUUAGAGAUUACAUUGAAUAAGAAGUCAAAUUUUUUUGUAUUUAUAUUUUGUUUUUAUGCGUGAUUUUAAUCUAAUUUAAUUAACUAACCAGAAAACUUUCCACAUAAUUAACAAAAAAAUGUGCAAACAGUAAAAAAGGGCAGAAAAUUUAUCGAAAAGUGAAAAUGUAUUAUAAACGUUUGAAUUGUUUUUCUUUGUGUGUUCAUGUAAAAUGAGUUGUGGAUGUCUGUUGCCAGCUUAUCUUUAAAUCUACUUAAUAUAAAUUGUAAAAUAAAGAAACACAUUUUAAUAACUUUAAAACAAUAGACAGAUGUUAAAAAAUAUUGAUAAAAUACUUUAGCCACUAUGGAAGAUUUGGAAAAGCAUUACUUUUUACUGCUGCCCCAAGAGGAACAAGAGUUGAUACAGCUUUUCUACGAAAGUCUACGGCUGGAAAAAAGCUCAACACAACGUUGUCAAAAACAAAUAUGUGAUCUAUUGCUCAAUAAACCCUAUCCGGUUUUGGACAUUUUACUCUUAAAAUGGACAAAAUAUAAAUACCAUAUUAAAACUAUACUUUUAAAAGUGUUUGAAGAAUUAUUAAAUCAUGUUCCCGCUAACGGUUUCGAUAAUAAAAUUUUAAAAUUUCUUAAUAAAAUACCCGAAGAAAUACUACAGAACAGCCUAGAGGGGCCAUUAAGAAAAUGCUUACACGACGACACCAAACUGAAUAGAGAAUUUUACUUAUGCCUAAUGGGACGAGAAACAACACAAUCUUUAUAUGAUAUUUUGGAAUUGCUAAAAGAGGCACAAUGGCAAUAUUUUCAAAAUCCUUUGGGUACAAAAGAAUAUACAUUAUAUCAGGCUCUAGACAACAAGGCUCACUUUCUAACCCUAAUGGCCAAUCAAAUAACAAACUUCAAAGUAAUUCCCGAUGUACAGCUGAGAAAUAAUUUAAUUAUUUUGAAAUUAGUACAAGAAUUUUCCAUGACCAAUCAAUUGCUCAGUCAAUUGCCGAAUAUACAACAAUGUUUGGAGCAUUUUGAUAUUGAAACACCCGCAGAAGACUUACGUACAGUUUAUAAUUAUUUCUAUAAAGAUUUUAAGCGCUUAACUGUAAUUAUAAAUUAUGCGCAAAAAUUUAAACAUAUGUCCUCUCGCAUUAGUGUGCAGGAUAUACUAUUGAAAUCGUCCAAUCUGGAAGUUAUAAAUAAAUAUAAACUUCUGAAUAACUAUGAGGAGACCAAGGCAUUCAUAGAUUCCUAUUAUAUGUGGCAAAAUUCUCUAACAAACUCUAUUAAGGAUUAUGAAUUGGAAACGGUGUGUCAUUACUUUAUUUUAGACUGUGUGUUUCAGUUAAUUGUAACACCCUCCUCGGAGGCUUGUGAUGAAUUUUAUGCUCAAAAAUUACAAUCAUUAAAUGCUUUGUUAAGACAAAUGAAAAAUUUCCAAUUGUUAUGUCAAAUUUUAGAGGAUAUACUCAAGUUUACCUUCUUACGUUGGGAACAUUUACAAAAGCACAAUGAAAGUGGUGGUGGCGGCAAAAUGUCCAGCAAACUAUUGCUUUCUUCUGAUACUUCCUAUACCGAUGAUGAUAUUUUACCUGAUUCAGCAAGUAAAACGAAAAUCAAAACAAAAUUAUACCAACGUACUGGUUUCAUCUGUAAAUCCAAAGCUUUUGCUCAAUUAUACAACUUUUUGAAAACUUUUGUUACCAAAAAACUACACUCGGCUGAUUUUAAAAAUGCUUGCUCCGAUAACCAACAACGUUUUCAAGAUAUUGUUGAUUAUAUAGCAGAUAUAUUAUGGAAGUAUUCAUUGCUAGAGAAAUUAGAAUCUUCACAAAAUCAAGCCAAGCUGAAUAAUGUAGAAGUCUAUUUGGAUCCUGAGUAUUUGCCACAUUUUGUUCGUUAUCAUGUUGAUGCUUUAGAUCGUUUGUCAAGUGAUGAUGAGGAGAAACAAACAAAUUAUCAUAGCCAUUAUACUAGCCUGUCACGUCGUAAGGCAGCCAAAAAACGUCGACGUGCUACAUUUAGUGGAGCAAUUGCCAGACCUAAAGAAGAUUUAUCACUGCAACAGUGUCGUGUUCGUGCCAACGCUUUAGCUAAUUCCGUGGCAAAUAUUGAUCCUUUAAAACAUUUGGAUAACUGUAAAAGUAGAAGAGAUAUCAAUGAGGAACGUAGCAUUGUACUAAAGUUACUGGAAUCUCCCCAAAGUUUAGCAGUUUUGGCUUUAUCGUUGAAACGUUUUAAUGACGCCAAACAAAUUAUUGAGAAUUUCAAUUUACAAAAUUCCCAACUAAACACCGAAUUACAAUAUGUUGAACAACAACAAAAUAUUAAACAGAAAUUAUCCAUAAUUUAUGAAAACUAUCAGCGACAAGAAAAACAAACCCACAAUUCAAAGGAACCGUUAGCCACAGUUGAACAGAUACGUAAUGUAGCAGCUAAAGGAUUUGAAGUUUCGAAAAUUAUAAGUGUUAUCGAUAAUUUCGCCCAGUCGCAACGCAUCAAACAAACUGAGGCCGUUAAGGAGUUAAUACAAAAACACAAACAAAAUCCACAAUAUCGCUUUCUAACACAAUUCGAAGAAAGCAAUUUAAAUGCUGUUAUCAUUUGUGAUUUAAUAUUGAAUUUACCGUUAAACCGUGACAUAAUCACAAGUAUUUUAAUGGUUAUAAAACGUCAUCAAUCGAUACAAUCCUCAUUCAAGGAAGUCGAAAGCAUGGAAAAAUCUCAAUUACCUAAAAAUAUAGGACCACUAAAUUUGCUGGAAAAUCUAAAUGAUUGUAUGCGCUUAUUGGAGGGUAAAUCUGUUAGAGAUUUACUGGCUGACAAUAGCUACUCUUUAAGGCCACAAAAAAUUAUCAGUGAAUUGGCCAGAGAAAAAAUAUUUGAAGAAAUAUUCUAUAAAAAACCCAGCGAGUUGAGUCGUUGUGAUGAUUUAAAGUCUCUGCUAACACAAUUUCAGAAUUUAGAAUCGAAAUGUAAUUAUUAUCAAAGAUUCUGCAAUUAUGUACAUCAUCUUACUAAAUUGGUGCAUCUUAGAGAUCCCAAUUGUGAAUUUCAUGUAGAGGAGCUAUUGAAAAUAGAUCCUUGUGAUGUGGUGGGUGAAUUGAUAUUCAAUUGCGAUAUGACACCCUUGGAAAUCGAAGGCAUUGUUACGGCUUUAAAUUUAAAUCUAGUGCAUGUUAUUGCAUUAAAUAUCUGCCCGGAAAUUGUGGGUAAAUGUGGCUUGAAAAAACGUCAACUUACUGCACAAAAACAAGCUACUAUAUUUAAUUAUAUCGCCAAUUACAAUCGUUUAUUGGUAUAUUUACUGCAAGGUAUUAACAAUAAGGAUUACUUUACAAAAGAUGACAACAAUAUAGACUCCAUAUAUUUGGAACGUAUUUUGUGUAUGAGUGAAAUUGAUAGAUUAUCUUCGCUGUAUGGUGGUAAUAAGAUAAUUGCCACUUUAAGAUGUGAUAAUGUUAAUAUGAAACUGUUGGAAAAGAUUGAAUCGAAAAGGGAACAAUUGGAGUUAUUGCAACUUGAUAUUGGUAUACAAGAACCCAAACUUAUUAAAUCAAAACGUAUAGACUGCUUGAUCAUGGAUCUAAUACAGGAAGAUGCCAAAAACAUUAAUUUAGCUCCCAAAAUUCAUGACAUUGGCGUUCGGGCGAAUUUAAUUCAUAAAAAUUUUACUAAAAUAGCCACUACGCGUCUAGCUAAAGAACUAAUCGAAACAACAUUACAACAUCGAGAAGCGGUACAGAAAAUACCAAGAAGUUUGAGACAACAAUUGGAAGCAACAUUGAUUGAUAUUACCAUAUAUGCCAAAGUAUCAGAAGUAAUGCAAUUCGAGACAUGGCCUCAAGCAUAUGAUUUUGGUUUGAAAACUCCCAGUACAAUAUUUGAACGUUUACUGCAAUUGCAUCUCUAUAAACGAUGUUACGAAUGGUGUAAUGUUGUCAAAUUGGCGGAUAAUUUUAAGCCACAACGUAAGAAUCUACUAAAUAUACUUCUCAGCGCCUUGACCGAUAUGAGUGAUGAGCAGCAGUCACAGGAGAUGCAUUUAAACACAUACGAAUACUUACUGCACAUUUUGGAAACAUUUCCGGAAGUUGAUUGUAUUGCUUUCUUGGACAACAAUAAAGAUAAAUUUCGUUCAAUGUUUUUAUUGAAAUAUUCUAUAAAUUUCUUGGAACGCUUGGCCAAGUCAAAUGAUAAGGAAAUGUAUAAAAAUUAUAAAAUUUCUAUAAUAAUUUUUGAACAAUUAACUCCCGGUAUACGUAAACAAUUUUGGAAUUUAUUAAAAUUUCCUCUGUUGAUCAUUGAGCAGUUAAUAAUGAAUGCUAAAUUUGAAAUAUUAACUAAAGUAUUGCAAGCAGUGCGCCAAGAAUUGGAUAGAGAGACGAGUAGUGAGUCAUCAGACUCCCAUCAAUUGUGCCCUUUUUGUUUUGAUAAAAAUGGCAAUAUAUAUGAUUUGCAUGCCAAGAACAAUUCUCCCCUGAAGACACGUUUCCAGUUGGGUUCAGUGGAGAGUACAAAUGCCUCUGCUUUUAUAUUGCUUAAUUUUAAUCUCUAUCAAAAAGAUCAUUUCAUUACCAACGAUUGCAUAGAUCUGUUAUUGCGCAUCUAUGCUACUAAAGCUUUGGACUAUCAGAUAUCUGAUACAUCUUCAGCCUCGGAGCCCUGUUCCCAAAGCACUUGUGACAUGCAACAAUCGUUAGAUUCUUUAUGUGGAGCUUUUCAAAUGCCUCAUCAGGCUCCCACACGAGCCGAAUGGACCAGAGAUGAGGAGGCUUCACACUGCAUGUGUUGUCGUCGUGCUGCUUUCACUAUGCUCAUGCGCCGCCAUCAUUGUCGUCGUUGUGGUCGAGUCGUUUGUUUUGCUUGCUCUACCCAUCGUAUGCGUAUACCCGAACUCUAUGAAGAUGUUGAGGUACGCAUUUGUAAUGAUUGUCAUCGUUUGUCUGAGGAUUUUAUGCAGCGCAAAUCAAAUCGUGACUCUUUAACUGCUCAAGCCGAAGAUAUUGAGAAUAUUCCUGUGAAAUCGCGUACCAAACCAGGUGAACGUUUCAAGUGGAAAUUGAGUGGAAAUAUAACACAUGAUAAGCUUCUGCGAGAGGAAUUUUGUUAUGACCAUGCUCCUAGUGUAGCGCUUUGUCUAUCGAUUUUAGACUAUCAUUUGGGUAAGCAAAAGUGUGUGGACUUAUUGCUGUUUCACUGUCGUAAAUUGGAGAAAUUGAUUGUCCCCAAUCCGGAGGUAGACUAUGAAUUGGUGGCUAAGAUGAUGAACUGUUUGGCACUGGCGGCAAAGGUACGUGGUGCUCCUGCCGAAGUGGAAACAAUAAGAGAACAUUCCGAAAUUAUAAUCAGUGGUACAAAUGGCUGUGAAUCUCUUAUACCACCAGAUCCUUUAAAUAAUCAUGGUUUGCGUAAAUUAGCCGAUUCACUGGUGCAAGCCGAACGUUGGGAAUUGGCGUUAGAAGUACAUCUUAAAUGUGGCGUCCCAACAGCUGGGGUUAUCGGCUCAUGGUUGUCUUGCCUGCGGGUAGGAUGUUAUGAUACCUCGCCGUGCCACUUCUCCCACUGUAUGCCCAAGUUAACUACUGAAACCACGAACACUGCAAUUUGCAAAGUAAUUUUCAAUACCAAACUUCAGCUAUCAACAAAUGGCAAUUUUGAUAAUAUUUUGGGUUUGACAAAAGAUCAUGACAUCACUUUGAUACGUCGUCCCCAACAUGGUCCUCCUUUACUACAGGAAAUUUUAAAAUUAAUCGAAUCAUCACCAUUAAAUAAAACACAACCGGAGACCUUGCAACGUGCUUCCAUUAUACGCAGUUCAAAUACAUCGUUAGUUUCAUUACUCUCCCGACGUAAGGAAACCUAUGUAAAGCGCAUGCAUGAACCUGCCUUAAAUAUCUUAAAUACUUUGGCUUCUUUAAAACGCGUUAGUACGAAUAGCAGUGACACACCUGUUAAACGCAAAAUAUUAUUCCGUAAAACUCGUGGCUUUGAGGAAUGCAUCUAUUAUGUUCUCACCUAUGGAUCUCAUGCUGAUGUUAUAAAAUUCCUUAUGCAACAUAAUGACCUAAUAGCCACUUUAAAAUAUUUUAUUUUACAAAAACUUGAGCCUGAACUUUUUAUACAGCAUAUUUUAUUAGAACACUUAAAAAGAGGUCAAAUGCCUCAACUUAUCAGCCAAUUGCAAGAAUUUGACAGCCGUCUGCUAAUGUGGCGUACGGUACUGCUACAGGCUUGUCGUUACUUGGAGACCCAUAACCAUCUCAAUUCUCUCUAUCAAUUACAAUUACUUUUAAACGAUCCCAUUAGAGCUUCGAUGACAUGCGUUAAAUUUUACUCCAUGAAUUGUGAAAAUUUCCAACAACAACAUACGAAUUCCCAGCAUUUGCAUAAUGCUCAUUUACAUUUGCAAACCGAACUGGAGGUUUCGAAAUGGGAGAAUAUUAACUUUAACACGAGUAAAACAUCACAAAAGAACGGCAAUAGUAGUCGUAGAUCAAGUUCCGGCAGCAUUACCUCAUCUACGGGUGGUGGAAAUUUGCAAAUGCAAAUGGAUGCACGUUCGCUUAAUGCCCAUAUAAAUACGAUUCUAAAACAAUUGGAUGUAGCGAAAUUUUUAGCGAAAUGUGAAGUGGAAAAUAGUAGUGAUGAUAGUUUGAUAACGGAAAAAUAUCUAAAGCAGAUACGCUUAGAUUCAAACAAAACAUUACCCACGCUCUUCGAUAAAGUCCAAGAGAAAAUACAGAUUUGCAUUUUAAUACUUUUAUGUGGCAAAAACAUAGAUGAAGGUUUCGGUUUAGCCUACAGAAUUAUACAAGAUUAUAAAUUACCACCGAUUAAAAUAUUUGCUGCCACUGCUAAGGUUUUAGCUCGCAAUCAACGUUUACAAGAUGUUGAUAAACUGUUGAAUUGUAUUACGACCAAUAAUGGUGUUAGUACACGCGAUAUUGAUGAAAUUCUUAGUGUUGCUAUAAAUUCGGCCACUAAUAAUCAUGAACCCGAAGUAAAAACAGCACUCGAUAAUUUAGCCAAAAAGAUAAACAGUGUCGAAUUGAGAAUAUCUUCACAUAUAUUUAUUGGACAAUUAAAAUCGGCCUAUUUGCUGGCAAAUAAAUAUAAACGUGACUCGGAUAUACGUAAGAUAUUGCGACAAGCGGAAGCAACGAAUCAAAUACACAUUAAGAAAUUAUGUGAAAAGAAAUUACAAAUGAGUAUGUCCGGUACAACUCAGACAAAUUGAUCGAAAACGUUCACUUGUGCUAAGGGACAAUAUGGCAAUUGAUUGUUGUUAUCAAUUGAUUUUUCGUUAAUCGUAUUUAUAAUUUAUAAUUGUUUUACUUAUGUAUUCUUUCAGUUUCUCAUAGAUAAAGUAAUAUGUUAUUAUUAUAAAAAUAA